GCCACUCCGCACACGGAGGAGGGAGGGGACUAGAUCUAUCGUUUUACACGCAAAACGUCGUACUUUUCGUCAGUCCAGUGUCCACUGUCCGAGUGUCCACACACACGGUCGCUCUACGACGCUGCGGAGCGCUAAAGUACCCUCGAUCUUGCUUUUUUAGCGCGCGCGGACUCACAACAACAUAAUUGAUUCAUAAACACACACACAUAAACACACAUAAACACACAUACACAAACACACGUCAAAGCCGAAACGUCAAUGUGAUAAAAAGCGUGAAAGUUCAAUCAUUACAUUCGAUUUCUAAUACACAGACACACACGCAUACACAGACAACAUAGCUAUAUCUCAUACACAUGAGUGCGGAAAUUGGAGUUGAGAUUGUGGGUAUAGUUGCGUUGUUAUGAUUGCCGAAAGUAAUUCGUCGCUGGUCGUGACGUCGUGAUCGCAAACAACCAUGUACUAAUACGACACAUGGAAGAGGAUACCUGUUGGCGGCCGUGUUACGUUGAAUAUUAUUUAAUCGCACCUACGCGCGCGUCUCUUCGCGAGAGCUUUUCAAGUUCAAGGCUCUUCGUUCGAGGAAGCAAGUAAAGGAAAAAAAUCAAUCUCAACGACCCCAAAAUGACGGCCCAAGAGGAGACUCAACAGCACAAGGACGAACAGCAACAGCAACAACAACAGUUACAGCAACAACCCACGUGGGUACAGGGCGAGGGUAUGAUAAUUAACGACGACGACGCCCUGCCCGUGAACGACGACGAGGAGGGCGACGACGACGAUCAACGGGUGAAGCUCGACGAGCUGCCGUACGAGAUGAUAUUCAAGAUAUUCGACUAUCUGCACGCCCACGAUCUCGUGCGGCUGUCCUCGGUCUGCACGACCUUCUAUCAGGUGGCGCGCGACCGACUGCUCUGGGAGAAGAGGAGCCACGAUCUGCUCGUGACCAAUCAAAAGUCCGACGAGUUCGUAUCGAGAUGCAAUCCAGCCCUGGACUCGGUCACCAAGUGGCAGGUCUCGCACAACUGGAUGAGCGGCUGCUUCGACACGGACAUCCUCUCCUCGACGAUCUUCAAGGUGAUGCCGUGCAUCAAGCUGACCCGCGACGUGCUCUGGUGGGCCGGCGGCAACAUGAUCUAUCAGUUUCCGCGCAGCAGCGAGAACGGCGGCUCGGUCAACAAGAAGCAGAAGUGCAGCGUGUACGUGCGCGACACGGGGAGCGACGUCACCAAGUUCGUGGUGGUGCGCUCGGGCCAGAUGAUCGUCAGCGGCCAUCGGGACGGCGCGCUGCGCCUCUGGCGCACCAAUCCGGCCGAGUGCCUCAAGAUGAAGAACAACAUCAUGCCGCUGUGCACGCUGCCGGCCCACUCGAGCGAUCUGGGCAGCGUCGCCGAGGCCAAGAACCAGGUGCUGUUCACGGGCUCGAGGAACGGCACCGUCAAGGCCUGGGAGUUUCCCCACGGCAGGGUGGGCAAGGUGGCGGCGCUGCCUCUGGAGACGUUCCAGCGCAACGACUGCAUCUGGUCGCUGGCGACCGAUCCGUCGGGCGACAAGCUGGCCAUCGGCACCGGGGGUAACUUCAAUCCGGCCCUCUACGUCUGCGACACGUCCUCAUUCCAACGAUCGCACGAGAUCGUCUUCGAGUGGAGAGGCCGUAACGCCGGCAUACUCGACAUGGUCUGGGAGAAUCCUCAGACGCUCCUCACCUGCGGCUACGAUACCUGCGUCCGAAAAUGGGACCUGAGAAGCGGCCGAUGCGUGAGCGCCUGGUCCGAUCCCACGGGCGCCGCGGUGUUCUGCAUCUCGACGGAUUACAACUUCACCAUGGUCACGGGCUCGCAGUUCAAUUGCAAGGCCGUGCUCUGGGAUCAGCGCAAGCCCGACUUCAAUCAGCUCUACUUCAUGCAUCUGCGCCGCAUGUGCAGCCCCGUGUACAGCAUCGCCUUCGACAGCUGCCACCUGUACGGCGCCACCGAUCAGAACUUCGUCGAGCUCAAGUUCGCCGGCAGGCCGAGCACCAAGAAGAACUUUCGCGACAUCAUGAAUUACGCCGAUUGAAUUUUGUAAAUUUUCCCUCUCCUAUCGAUGAUCAAUCGCUUAGAUUUAAUUUUCUUUUUUUGUUAAGAGUAUCAGUAUUUCUUAGAGAAAAAAAAUGUCUCUUCUGAAUCUUUUUCAUUCGAGCGUGGUUGAUCGUUCAGUUUGUUGUUACACAAUUGCUAUUUUAUUAUUAUACCUGAUCUCUCUGUAAAAACACGAUCACACGUCCCCCCGGAUUAGCU